CCUUUAAAUAUGUAGGUCUCCUGAUCGAUCAGCAUAUUAAAGUUAGUUCUCAGGAAACCACGAAUAGUUCAAAUGCUUCGAAAACGUCAAAACUGUAAAUAAACCUUCCACCCCGAAAAAGAUUUUUUUGUAUGAUUAUUUAUUUAUUAUUUAAACAAUGGAGACCGAGGAACACUUGUUAGCAUUGAAAGUAAUGAGGCUAACUCGGCCAAUGUUAGCUACUCCUUUGCCUGUUACGUGUGACAGCAAAGAUCUACCGGGUAAUCUUCUAAAUAAUGCCCUCCAACAAGACCCAACAGCUGUUCAAGGUGCUGAAACACUUUGUGUUGGACAAUUCCUGCUGCUACCGCAAAGCCCUGUAAACAUUUAUCUGGGUGAAACUUUCUCAAGUUACAUCUGUGUUUAUAGUGAAACCAAAGAAGUAGUCACUAACAUUAAUGUAAAAGUGGAUUUACAGACUAGUUCACAACGAAUUCCUCUAUCUAUGAAUCCACCCACACCAACAUUAUCACCUGAUGAGACUGUUAAUGUUGUAAUACAUUAUGAAGUUAAAGAAGUUGGCACCCACAUACUUGUAUGUGAAGUAAGUUAUCAUGGACCUACUGGCAACUUGAUGACUUUUAGAAAAUUUUUUAAAAUUCAAGUAUUAAAACCAUUGGAUGUCAAGACAAAAUUUUAUAAUGCUGAAAAUGAUGAUGUAUACUUGGAGGCUCAAAUUCAAAAUAUUACUGCUGGUCCAAUCUGUUUAGAAAAGGUGGAAUUGGAUGCAUCACAACUGUUUGAUGUAACUUCACUUAAUGUUACACCAAGUGGGGAGAGUGUAUUUGGUAAAACACAAUUAAUGCAGCCACAGACAGUUUGCCAGUUUCUCUAUUGCUUGACUCCAAGUGAGAAGUUAUCAUCUGAUUUAAAAUCUUUAAGUGGAGCUACUAACAUAGGGAAAUUGGAUAUUGUAUGGAGAUCAAAUCUGGGAGAAAGAGGGAGGUUGCAAACAUGCCAAAUGCAAAGAAUGGGACCAGAUUAUGGUGAUAUUCGUAUAUCUAUAGUUGAAAUUCCAAAUUUUGUAGUUUUAGAGGAACUAUUUUCUAUUAAAUGUAAACUGGUUAAUAAUUGUGAAAGAACAGUGGAUUUAAAUAUAUAUUUAGAAAAUGUGGAAGGAAUUGCUUGGUGCGAUAUAUCUAGUCGAAAAUUAGAACCACUGACACCACAUUCAAUGAAAAUACUAGAAUUUAAAUGCAUUCCUAUAUUACCUGGGUUAAGAAGUAUAGCUGGUAUAAAAUUGAUUGAUACAUUCCUUAAAAGAACUUAUACUUAUAAUGAUUUGGGACAAGUUUUUGUCAUGGUAAAUGAGAAAAAAUGUGCAAGUGAAGAAAGUGAUGAUGAUGCAAGCAUACCACCACAAUUUAAACAAUAAUAAACUGCAUCAAAACUGUACCUAAUAGACCAGCUCACUCUUAUACAUGAAUUCCCACAGAUUUUAAUUCAGCCGUUGUUGUUUGUAAAACGUGCAAAUAUUGUAUAUAAAGAUGUAUUUAUAUUUUAAUUAUUCAUUAAUAAAACAAUCUAAUCUUACAAA